UCGAGUGUCACUGCCACUUCUGCCACAGUGCCAUCGCCUGAAGCCAAAGCUACUGCCACUGCUCCCUCCUCUGCUCCAAGCCACCUGGUUCCUGCUGCCAGAGAGUCGUCAUGGGCUUCUGGAAGUUCCCCCCGUUCCUGGUCCUCAGCAUCCUGGUCUUGUACCAGGCAGGCAUGCUCCACUCAGCACCAUUCAGGUCGGCUUUUGAUAGUCGUUUUGAUCCUGCUACACUCAAUGAGGAGGAAUUGCGCCUCCUACUGGCUGCAAUGGUGAACGACUAUGAGCAGAUGAGGGCCCGUGAGCUGGAGAAGGAGCAGAAGACAGAGGGCUCCAGCAUCACUGCCCAGAAGAGAGCCUGCAACACUGCAACCUGCAUGACCCAUCGGCUGGCAGGCUUGCUGAGCAGAUCUGGGAGCAUGGUGAAGAGCAACUUGUUGCCCACCAAGAUGGGCUUCAAAAUCUUUGGUGGGCGUCGCAGGAACUUUUGGAUCUGAGCAGCGAAAUGAUUCUAGGAAGAAGGUCCCUAUGAAGCUGAACUCUACUUCUUUUAAUUUGCAAUGCAAGCAACUUA